ACAGAUACCGCGCUGAAGUCACAGAAAAUACGUUUACUUUGAAGUAGGAAAUAUUCCGGCUAAACCAGUAAUCUGUCUCUGUCCCCCGCAGUUAACGUUAACGUUACGCCUCCCCCAUAGCUUCUGACACGGCUGGUUUUGUAGCCCACCUUGCUUGCCUUUAUUGUUCUUCGUGUCAUUUUGCCAGUCGACAUACGACGAAGCGACGGCCAUGCCAUAGCCUAUUACGUACAGACACAUUACAGCCACUGCUUUCUGUCCAGCACUGGCUUCAGUGACAGUUUGAAAGCGAGAGACAGGCUUGUAAUUGCAUUUGUUCGGGGACUUUUUAAUGACUUCCGUACAGUCGUCUGGAUCGCCAUUGCCGGUUAACGUUAGGUCAGCAGGCGUCAUUGAAAAUAUUUGACUAAUAGAGUACGUUAGCUUGAAUGUUUAGGUUAAGGAGAGAAUAUAAUGGACCUUUGUCUUAAACUCAUUUUUGUAGCCAACAUUAAGGACGGAUAUGCAGCCGUGCACGUGGCAAUGAAGGACUAAAAGGAUUCUUUUGCGAACCAAGGAGCUGUCUUGUAAAAGCACUAGUGCACCUGUCCACGGGAGGGGACUGCAACGUUUGUUGGAUGUGUAUCGCUCUUCUGGGGGGUAGGGCCCCUAUCGCUAGCUAUUCCAAUGACUUGCCACUCAUCCGAUUCCACGGAAAACAUCGAAAAUAACCGGAGAUCGGAGACUGAAAGCCGCGCCGUAGAGACUGAUCAGAGUCGCGUCGCCUCCGCCAUGAGAGACCUUAAGAAUACAGGCUGGUACUGGGGCCGCCUCACUGCCAACGAGGCCAAGGAGAUCCUGCAGGACUCUCCGGAGGGCACGUUUCUGGUGCGGGACAGCUCGCAGCGCGACUACCUCUUCACCAUCUCCGCCAUGACGUCCGCCGGCCCCACCAACCUGCGCAUCGAGUACAAGGAUGGCAAGUUCAAGCUGGACUCUGUGGUGCUCGUGAAGCCCAAACUCAAGCAGUUCGACAGCGUGGUGCACCUGGUUGAGCACUACGUUAAGCUGUCGCGGACCUCCAGCAGGGCAGGACAAUGUCGGGGUUUGGGUUCUGGUUCUGGUUCUGGUCCUGGUCCUGGUCCUGGUCCUGGUCCUGAUCCGGCACCGCUCGGUCCAACCUCCAACAGCACUGUGCAGCUGCUGCUCACCAAGCCGGCGUAUGCGGCCAUGCCCUCGCUGCAGCACCUCUGCCGCAUUAGCAUCAACAGAACGACGCGACAGGUCUGUGACCUCCCCCUGCCCAACAGACUCAAAGACUACCUGACGGACUACACCUACCAUGUUUGAGUGGCUUGAGUGUUGCCAUGGUAAUCGUGGUUACACCCUCCUGAGCCAUCAAGGGCUUGAGUGUCACCAUGGUUACAUUCGCCCAUCUAUCCUACUCAAGGACUAGGGCUGGGGCGGUAUAUCAACUUUUUAAGGUUUAUCAAUAUAUUUUCAAACGAGAUAUGGAAUGAGACAAUGCCAUUUUUAGCUAUAAUGUUUGAUGUUGCGUUACCUAACCCGUGUCAAUCAUAAGGCCGUGCCAGUGUUUGCAUCUCUCCUCUCUCACACGCUCUGUGCAACCCCGGCCCCACCCUCCCCCUGUGUCUGCGGAGGUCCCUCCAGACCCCGUAGCGGCCAGCAACGGCAGUUCUGUAUUUCACUGUAAUGGCCAACAACAGCGGGCAUGUUUCCAUGUAUGUAAAGACUUGUAAACGGCAUUCAGGACUACUUUAGACCCUUGUCAAUAAAAUGGGUAGACGGUAAAUAUAUGCAUCUGUAUAACUAUUUUGAGAAAUGUUCAUGUUUUUACAUUUUACCAGUGUCACCUCUGCCAGUCAACAUUUGAGAAUGUGGAGGUUCCAUUUGGGGUUAAGCAGUGCAUAUUUAGCUAGCCAGCUAACAUUUUAGUGAGUCCAAGUCAUGUCUGUGAACCAUUUGCCUACAAUUUGUAUCUAUUGAUACAGUUUUCCUCUAUGUACUGUAUUUCCCACCAUGAAACAGCUCAGAUUCUGUUUUGUAGCCGUCACUCUGAUAACAUCAACUAUCACCAAAAUAUCUGCACUUGUCCAGUCAGGGAGGGACUCUGACGAUGUGCACUGACACUAUAGUGAGUUAUAACAUUAACUUUGUUGUGAAAUAUAGCUCAAAAAGUUAUAACAUUAACUUUGUUGUGAAAUAUAGCUCAAAAAGUUGUCAACUUAAGCACCAGCAGCAGGUCUAAUUAGCUUGCCCGCCGACUUUAGUCAGGAGUUGCACGACUCACUCUUUUUAUCACAUUAAAAAUAUAAGUUUGCUUCAGAUCUUUCAAAAUGAACCUACUUCUCAAAAUGACAGAAGACAAUUACCCUACCUGCUAGCAUAUCUUUGUGUUAGUAAAAUAAAUCUCUGGUUUCGUCCAAGGCACUUAAAGUGGUAUUUUAUCUGCGAAACGAAAACAAUCUGGCGAUUGUGGUGCUGUCCUUAUAGUUGCCUUACUGCAAGUUCUGUCGGUGGUUAGGUGUGAGAAUGAGUGAGUGAGAGAGAGAGUGAAUGAGUGGUUAGGUGAAUAAAGGUUUUACAUUACUGAUGGCAGAUUAUAAUCACACAGGGUUAUGAUUACAUAGCUUUUUAAUGGCAUAGUAUAUCACUUGGUGGAACUGUCAAGAGGAGAUUUUCUUUGCUCUCUCGUGAGCAUGUUUACAGCCUUGCUCCUGAAACUUCAGCAAAUAAAUAGAACAGUCUGGGAGAUUGUUAUAAAAUAUUAUGCAUAGAAUGUAAAUAAAAAAAAGGUCCAUUAUUUAAUAAAGAAAAUAAUAUGAAACGAACGCUAUAUGCACUAUUCAUGCAUUUCAAUCACGUUCUACUGCUACAAUACAAUGUGACUACAAUAAUCAAUAAAUGUCAAGUCAUUAAAAAUAUUUGAUUGCCAUCUUUUAAUUGACAUGAAGAUUUUUAGCUCAAUCUUGGAUAUUUUUAAUUAAUUGAAAUACUUAAAAAUUCCCUUGGUUUUUGGCAAAAUUACGCAGCAGUUUUGUGGAAUUUUAGUGGGGUUCAUAGGAAGGAGGAAAACUUGUAAUGGUUGAGUCUGUCUGUCAAUCAAUCAGUCUGAUGUUGAAAACAACUGGAGCCUUCUCUGGCCUAUUUUUAUUCAAUAUAGGCUAUUUAUUUUAAAUAAUUUUUCAUUUACAUGUUUUGCAGCAGUACAUUUUCAAACAGGGAAAACCCUGUCUCCAUUUUAUUUUGAUCACAGUCUGUUUUAAUAAAAGUGAUAUCUCACAUGUGGCUUUGACCUACAACUGGACAUUUAGACCAUUUCGUAGAAAAUACAGAGAUGUCUAUAUGUCUAAUACAGAGAGAUGAUUUUCGGCCCAUAUCGCCCAGCCCUAGGACCACCUGACUACACUCACCAUGUCUGAGCAGCACUUGGGUCCCAAUUGUGGUCCCUAAUUGUGGACUUGAGUGCCCCCCUCCACCCCACCGCGCAUCCUACUCAAGGACUACCUGAUGGACUAUACCUGCUCCAUGUGUCUGAGGGGCUCUAGGGUCCUUCUCGUGGGUACCUUUCCUGUCGGACCAAUUGACGGACUACCUGGCGAGCCACACCUGUCCACGGUCAUCCGGUUAGCAUGCAGUACUAGAGGCCGUGGUUGUGUCGCUGUCACGCACCUUGUGCAGUGUUUCUACUAUGUGAUGAACUGACCACCGCAACUGCGACCGGGAUGGUCUUGACCCAAGCAGUGUGAGGUGUGGCGAAGCGAAGCAUCUUUACAGUGAUGCCCAGAGCAUCCAGACAAACUCUGGCUGCCCGUGUGUGAGACGUGGCGGCCAGAUGCUGUGUACUCUUUUUCUCCAAUUCGUUCUGUUUUUUUGGUUUGUUGAUGGUUUUUUUUUAUGACCUUUUUUAUUUGCUCUUUGUUUUUGUACUUUAAUCGGGUAGGGAGGGGGGGGGUCCUGAUUUCCCAAUGAAUGUUUUCUUGUACAUUACAGCAAGCAAUACACUGACUUUGCCUCUGUUUA